AUGAGGAGUUUAUCGUACUGCUUUGAAGCGAUGAGAUCCGACGAGCCCCAUUUGCCCCCGGGCUUCAGAUUCCACCCCACCGACGAAGAAUUAAUAACUUACUACCUACUCAAGAAAGUUCUCCACUCCAAUAACUUCACUUGCCGCGCCAUUGCCGAGGUUGAUCUCAACAAAUGCGAGCCAUGGCAUCUUCCAGGCAAGGCGAAGAUGGGGGAAAAGGAGUGGUACUUCUACAGCCUGCGGGACAGGAAGUACCCGACCGGUCUCAGGACGAACCGGGCGACGGAGGCGGGUUACUGGAAGGCGACCGGAAAGGACCGAGAGAUCUACAGCUCCAAAACGGGCUUGCCGGUGGGCAUGAAGAAAACCCUAGUCUUCUACACGGGUCGGGCGCCCAAGGGCGAUAAGACCAAUUGGGUCAUGCACGAGUUUCGACUCGACGGCAAGCUUGCUUAUCACUACCUCUCUACAAAAUCUGAGGACGAGUGGGUAAUUUCCCGAGUGUUCCAAAAAACGGGUUCCGGCAGCUGCACCGCCGCUGGCGGUGGUAGCACCAGCAUCAAGAAACGAUCCGAAGUCAACUCGGUGCCAAAGUCAACUCCAUCGCCCGGGAUUGACCUCGACAGCUGGAUUAGUCCCCUGACCAGCUCAAAGCAGCACGUGCCCUGUUUCUCCACAUCAUCAGCACCACCCACCGGUUUCAGCCACGGCACCUCCCUCUUUGAUUUUCCUCAGCCGCCAGCUUCAGACCUCAGCGCGGUGGUUUAUGGCCCUCCGGCCAGCGGCCAUUCUGAAGCAUCGGUGUUUGGUUAUGGGCCCAUGGGACAGUGGGCCGGGCUGGAGAAGAAUGGGAAAACAUGGCCCGCUAACGAUGACCUGCUCGAUUGCAUGUGGACUACUUAA